AAAAAAUCAAAAUAAAUUUAUCACGAAAAUUGUGAAACUUGAAGAACUUUAGCGCAGUUCAGGAGAAAGACAUCGUGGUAAUUUUUUGUUUGUGUGAAUAAUGGCCGUAGGAAGGUAGGACGAGGUACCUAAGAGAACGAGAUCAGCUGCUUGCACAACAACAACAACAAAAGAAACGUAAUAAAAAACAAGACGGAACAACUUCAAUAUUAAACCAAGACAAGUGCAGCGUCAUGUUUGGCUUCGAUGGCGAGUACCGUCGUCGUCCGGUGCAAAGUCUUGGUGGUGCUUCCCAUACCCACGACCGGGAGACUGUGAUACGGAAAGCAGCCGAGGAGCGACAGAAACGCAAUGAGCUGCGCCAGAAGGCCAACGGCGCCAUGGUGCUGCAGUCCUAUGCCCGUUCCUUCAUUCAGCGCCAGCGUCGCAAACGGGCGGAGCGGGAGGCCUUUGACGUAUACCUACAGGCUCAUCGCCAUCGCCUGACAGAGGAUGAGAGUCUGAAUUUCCUGCUGCGUCGCCUGAACUUCUUCUACAGCAGUCGCGAGGCCAAGGACGGCGAACGUUUGAUUGAAGUCUGCCAACAAAUCCUGCGUAGCCCUGGCCGCCUGCUGCAGCAUUCAGCAUCGGAUCCGAUCUGGCUGUUUCGAGUGUGCAAGCUGCUAGACGCUUGCCUGCUCCAAUUGACGCUCUCCCAGUCCGCCCAGGCCAUUCCCCUGCGGAUGCUGGAAACCUUUACAACAGUCACCGCCGUGGAGCGCUAUGUGAGCGAUGAGACAUUGCUGUUCAAAUAUUUGGAGCGUGUUUUCGGUUUCCUUAUCGCACGCAACUACUUCCUUCGCUUGCGCCAGCUGCUGGAUGAGAAAUGCCCGCCGCUGGAUGGAGAAACGCUGCAUGCCCCCAGUCCGCUGGCCGAGGCCCUGCUACAUUUGCUGCUGCGUCCGUUGGCAGUGGCCAAACGAGCCUGCACUGGGGGACAGGUGUUGCCCGUGUCAUUGCUCGUGUGCCAGAAUUUCGUCAAGGAUAUCCUGGCCACGCCCCACACGGAUGCCAUGCGCUGUUUCGUACUCCCCUGCCUGGCCGAAUGUCCAGAGUUCCCCUUCGAUCUGUUGAUGCGCUCGCUCUUCGAUCUGCUGGAAAAAGCAGCGGUGACUGCUACAUCCGAGUCAGAUAAUGCCUCCAGUCAGCGCAGCUUCUUGUUCCAUGGCUCGGAGAGGGGAAGUGGCGGCGCUAAGCAAACCGUGGUCCAACCAGUGGAUGCCUUGUUUACCUCAUUCUUACUUAACUCCCUCUUGGUGCUCGACCGCAGGCAGCUGGCCACAUUACAGCAGAGUUCGCUGCUCACUGUCUACGUGCGAAUCAUAGCCGAAAUGAUGCCCAACAUUCUGCUCCUUCCCAAGUCCACACUACGGACGCAUGCCAAUGCCCCGCAUCGGCAUGUAGACAGCGACGAUGAAUCGGAUGAGGAGGAAGAGGAGGACCAGCCAGCAUCACGCACACUGGACUACGAUAUGGAGCAGACAUGUCGCACGAGCACGGAACUGAGCAGCAAGGAGCGCGACUGUCUGCUGGAGUCCAUAGCCAUACUGAACGAAACGGAGCGCGUGGAUUUCAUUGUCCAGCAACUGGAUCCUCACAUCGAGCACAGCCAACUGAUCUACGCCCUCUGCGAGAUUUGCCACAACCUAAUGAUCUACAACAAGCACGCAGUCUACGAAUAUAAGCUGCUGUACACUUUGGCCUUCACUCCGAAGUUUAUUCGCGCCGUUUGGUUCAAGCUGGCCGCCGAAUCCACACAGCUUGGCUUCUCAGCACCGCUUAGCCUCAUUUCCAAGGGGGUUGUGCCGAAACAGCAGGGAGUGGAUCGCACCAUUCCAUUGUUGGCCACCUUCUGUAUGCUCUUUGGACGUCUGCUGCCCACUCUGCACGAUGUGGAGUUUGUGGAGAACAAGCUGUUGCUGACGAAGCACGUUCGACUGAUGCCCUUCUCGAUUGCGGAGAUUGUGCAAAUGUCCAAAACGCUGAAGGACAUUAGUCUGGGUCUGGUGGAGCUGGCCUUCCCGGAGACACGCAGCAAUUUGGCCAACUAUCGCAGCGUGUUGGGCCACACAGAGGCCGAUGACAAGAAGCUGCGCCAUCAGAAGCAGAUCUGGGCCAAUUUGCUCAAUGUUGUGGUCUUUGUGCUCAACCAGAUAUACACGCGUGACCUGCGCAUGGGCUUCUGUCCGGAGUCACACUGGACUGUCAGUCGAUUGGACCUGCCGCUGGACAGGCCAACCGAUCUUCCCCUGACCCAUAGCAGCCGUUUGCGCGGUAUUCGUCCCUUUCAACCGAUCCGGGACUUUACACGCGAAGACUUUGAGAACGGGCCGCCCAUGUCCACCAAGCAGAUACGCUCAAUAACCAUUCUGCGCGAGAUCCCAUUUGUGGUGGCCUUCAGCAAGCGUGUGAGCAUUCUCCAGGGUCUGGUGGCAGCCAACAAGAUGCGAGUCCAGGGCCAUUUGCAAGCCUUCCUCCAGGGUCCCUCCAUUAUGAUCACUGUCCGCCGUACGCAUCUGUAUGAAGAUGCCUACGACAAGCUGCGCCCAGAGAACGAGCCGGAUCUACGUCCGAAAUUCCGCAUACAGUUUGUCUCAUCGCUGGGUCUGGACGAGGCGGGCAUUGAUGGCGGCGGUGUAUUUCGGGAAUUCCUAUCAGAGCUUAUCAAAAGUGCAUUCGAUCCCAAUCGUGGAUUCUUCAUGGUGACCACGGACAACAAACUUUAUCCGAACCCGAAUGUGGCCGAUCUCUUUGGCGACUUUGAGAAGCAUUACUAUUUCAUUGGUCGCAUUGUGGGCAAGGCGAUCUACGAAAACCUGCUCGUGGAGCUGCCGCUGGCCGAGUUCUUCCUAACAAAAUUGGCUGGCAAAUACUCGGAUGUGGACAUACAUCAGUUGGCCUCUCUGGAUCCGGAACUGUAUCGAAAUCUGUUGUAUUUGAAGGACUAUACAGGUGAUGUCAGUGAAUUGAAUUUGGAUUUCACGGUGGCCAGCAGCUCGCUGGGACAGACGCAGAUUGUCGAGCUGAAGCCGCAGGGCCAGAGCACCCCGGUGACCAACUCGAAUCGCAUUGAGUAUAUCCAGCUGAUAGCCGACUAUAAGCUCAAUGUCCAAAUACGUCGUCACUGCAAUGCCUUCCGCAAGGGUCUGUCCAAUGUCCUGCCCAUCGAAUGGCUCUAUAUGUUCAGCAACAAGGAGCUGCAAAUACUCAUAUCUGGUGCUGAGAUUCCCAUCGAUCUGGAGGAUCUCAAGAAGCACUGCAAAUACGGCGGCGAAUACACGCCGGAACAUCCCUCGAUUGUGGCCUUCUGGGAGGCAUUGGAGGGCUUCGAUGAUCUGCAGCGCAGGCAGCUGCUCAAGUUCGUUACCAGCUGCUCCAGGCCCCCAUUGUUGGGUUUCAAGGACCUGGAUCCACCUUUCUUCAUACAAAAUGCCGGAGAUAUGGAGCGCCUGCCCACGGCCAGCACCUGCACCAAUCUGCUGAAGCUGCCGCCCUUCAAUAGUGUGGAACAAAUGCGUGAAAAGCUGCUCUAUGCCAUACAGUCCGGUGUGGGCUUUGAACUCAGCUAAUCUGUCCAGCCAAUGGCUUCCAUAUGUGGGUGCAUACACUCCCACUUUCCCUUGAUCAGGAAACACAUAUCCCCGAAAACCCAAAACCCCAAAACCCUAAACCCAAAUAACACGACUCCAAUCCAAGGGACCCACCAGGCACACGGGCAGGCGGUGCAGAUAUUCCAGUUAUUCUUAGUAAAUAUAAAUAUGUAUAAUGACUUACGUAAAUGCGAUGUGUAAAGAAUGAAGCUUAUGAGGUCUGUUUAUCAAGGUUUUUCUUUUGAUUCUUUUUAGUUGUUUAGUUUUUGUGUCCCCUAUAACAAGCUAUGAGUGUAAAACAUAAGGAUAUAAUGAAUAUUUCCACGAUUAAGAUGAUUAAACCUA